AUGGCCCUUGGCCCCGCUCGGACCAGCCCAGGACCGGAGCCCCGACUGCUGUCGCUGCUGAUGCUGCUGACGCUGCUGCUCCGGAACGCGGGCAGCAGCCACACGGCCCCUGCCCAGUCCAUCCCUCCGGCAGCCGCAGAUGGCCUGGUGGGGGACAAGGAUCCCCAGCGGUUCCUGGGAGACGCGGCUGCUGCUCUGGGCCCGAGUGCCCAGGACAUGGUCGCUGUCCACAUGCUCCGGCUUUAUGAGAAAUACAGCCGAAGGGGCCCGCGACCUGGAGCGGGUAACACGGUCCGCAGCUUCCGUCCCAGGCUGGAAAUGAUCAACCAGAAAGCAGUGUAUUUCUUCAACUUGACUUCCAUGCAGAACUCGGAAAUGAUCCUCACAGCCACAUUCCACUUCUACUCAGAGCCAAGGUGGCCCCAGGCACGUGAGGUACCAUGCAAGCAGCAGGCCAAGAAUGCAUCCUGCCGCCUGCUGCCCCCAGGCCCGCCCUCACGCCAGCACUUGCUCUUCCGCAGCCUCUCACAGAACACAGCCACACAGGGGCUGCUCCGAGGGGCCAUGGCCCUGGCGCCUCCACCACGGGGCCUGUGGCAGGCCAAGGACAUCUCCUCCAUGGUCAAGGCAGCCCGCCGGGAUGGUGAGCUGCUCCUUUCUGCCCAGCUGGAUUCUGGGGAGAAGGACCAUGGGGUGCCCAGGCCCAGCCCCCAUGCACCCUACAUCCUCAUCUAUGCCAACGACCUGGCCAUCUCAGAACCUAAUAGUGUGGCAGUGACACUACAAAGAUAUGACCCCUUCCAGGCUGGAGACCCAGACCCUGGCACAGCCCCCAACAGCUCCGCAGACCCCCGUGUGCGGCGGGCCACACAGGCCACUGGGCCCCUGCAGGACAAUGAGCUGCCUGGGCUGGAUGAGAGGCCAGCACAAGCCUCUCACACCCAGCACUACCACAAGCAAGAGCUGUGGCCCAGCGCCUUCCGGGCCCUGAAGCCCCGGGCAGGGCGCAAGGACCGCAGGAAGAAGGGCCAGGAUUUGUUCAUGGCCUCAUCGCAAAUGCUGCACUUCGAUGAAAAGACGAUGCAAAAAGCCCGGAGGAAGCAGUGGGACGAGCCAAGGGUCUGUUCCCGGAGAUAUCUGAAAGUGGACUUUGCAGACAUUGGGUGGAAUGAAUGGAUCAUCUCGCCCAAAUCCUUCGAUGCCUACUACUGUGCAGGAGCUUGCGAGUUCCCAAUGCCCAAGAUUGUUCGCCCAUCCAAUCAUGCCACCAUCCAGAGCAUUGUCAGAGCUGUAGGAAUCGUUCCAGGCAUCCCAGAGCCUUGCUGCGUUCCCGACAAGAUGAACUCCCUUGGGGUUCUCUUCCUGGAUGAGAACCGGAACGUGGUUCUGAAGGUGUACCCCAACAUGUCUGUGGAAACCUGUGCCUGCCGAUAA